ACCCUUGCUUCCGCGAUGAAGUCCCCCGCAGUCAUCCUCUUCGCCUCUGGAUUGCUGAGCCAGGCCAACGCGCAUUAUACUUUCGGGCGUCUCAUUUUCAACAACACAUGGUCAAAAACAUGGGAAUACGUCCGAGAAAUAAGCCCCUCAACCACAAUUACGCAACCCGACAUCGCACUACUCGCACCAAACACUGAGCCCACGUCAACUGACAUCCGCUGCGGACGCAAUGCCAGCGCAUCCUGGUCUAAACCAAAGACGGCGACGAUACGAGCAGGCGAUACUGUCGGAUUUGCCGCUGGAGAGCCGAGGCUAGCUGGCGCCGACGUCGCACGUAUCUACCACCCGGGCUUCGCAUCUGCAUGGCUCUCCCAUUCCCCAACGGAUGAUUUGAAUGCAUACACAGGCGAUGGCGAUUGGUUCAAGAUCAUGAGCGUCACUGGGCGAACGGAACAAUCGCUAGAUUUUUCGCUUCCGGAGAACAAGAAUCUGUACAACGAGUAUAAGGCGAUUUGGGGGACGCUCAACGUCCAGAGUUGGAAUUUCACAAUCCCGAAGACAACUCCACCUGGGAAGUACUUGUUACGCUUCGAGCACAUUUUCCCGAACCCACAGGACUCUCAGUAUUAUAUGACAUGCGCACAUGUUAACAUCGUCAAUCUAAACAGUGCAGUUGGCACUCCAGGGCCAUUGGUCAAGAUCCCUGGUGUUUACAAGCGCGGACAACCAGAUGUAUACUUUGAUCACUAUGACUUAAAGUUUAAUAUCUCGCAAUUUGUGGCGCCGAGCCCGGUGGUCUGGGUGGGAUGA